CUCCAUAAUAAUCCGUGCUACUAUAUUAAAAUAAGAAAGAAUGAGUUAAGAAGGUUCAAGGAAAGUUAAUCGAGUUAGUAAGAAUAUCGUUAUAUAUAUGGUUUUCUUAAGUAUCCCAAGGUGACACGGUUACCUAAAGGAUUUGAAAUCACGCUAUGAGUAUGUAUAUGAGGUAAUGCGAGUGACCUUUUAAAAGUAUUUGAUAUUAUUAGUAACGAUAUAGAGGAUGGACAAAAGAUAUGAAUAUACUUUUGCGAUUGGAGUUUCGUCGAAGCUUUGUGAGUUCUCUAGUUAUGUUUAAGGUUAUUGUGAUUCUCCGGACCCUUCGAGAUGCGUAUAUGGAUUUUUAUGGAUGUAUAUAAGUGUGUAUACAUAUGUAUAAGAGGUUACAUGAGGUUGGGAGAGGACUAGAAGUUAAACGAAAUGAAUCGGAACAACCUCAGAAAAAUCUCGGACCCGAUUUUAGCCUAUAUUGUAGGAGGCAUAUCUUCUAGUAUAUAAUGAGUUUUAAGGUGUUUCAAAAGGCUAAAAUUAAGUUCAUCGAGUCUAGUUUACAACGCAACAAACCGCUCGUCCAAAUAAUAUCGGGAUAAGGAGAUAUGGACGAUGCAAGUUGGAUUAUUAAGUGGGGAUUAAGACUUAAAUGUAUACAAAUUUUGCACUAGUGGCCGUGUGGGCCCCACUACCACAUGACAAAAUCAGAUUUUUGCCAUACUUUAAUGGGGGAAACGUUCAAGACAAUAUUGGGCAGAAAAAUGGUCUAUUUUGUUUACCAAAGUUGCAUGCCACAACUCACUUCCCAAUCCCACAAAGUGAACAAAAAUCUGCCCAUUAUUUUAAAGCCAUGUUUGGCCGUGUAGAAUAAUGAAAUGGUCAAAGAUUCUUGACCCAAGUUAGUGUGGUACACAUGGCCAAAACAUGGGGGGAAUACAUAAUGUGAAAAAUCUGAUUCACAAUCAACUCACAAGUUCAUUUCAACACUUACAAACUAAGAACACUUAGAGAGAGAAGGGAGCUCUCGGCCAAGAACUAGCCGAGAGUGAGGUCCAAAAAUUUGCUCCAAAAUUUCAGUCUUCUCCAUCUAAUUUACUCCUCAUCUAGUGUAUAAGAAGGUGUGUUAGUUGUUUAAGAGAAACAAGAAAGUGAAGCACCCAAAUAGAGUUGAAAAUUCGUUCAAGGGAAGCACAAGAUUGAAAGGUAAGAAUGUUUGUUGUUUCUUGUGUUGCAUGAUGAUGUAUAGUUCAUACAUGUUGUUGUUGGAUGGUGGUUAUAGUUGAAGUAGAGAGUGAGCCGUGUGAGAGGUGAGUUUAUGACUGAUUUAAUUGUGCAUGUAUUGUUAGUGAAUUGAAUAUGUAUCAACAUAUGUAAAUGAACAAAGAUUGUGGGAGUUUGGUUGUGAUGUUGCAUGUUGGCUAUUGGACUGUUUUUGCUCGAAAUUAAAAUGAAUCAUGUGUUGAAGAUUCUGAUGAAGUCAUGCUUAAUCUUGUUGAACAUGUAUUGGAAAUGAAUUGAAUGCAUUGUAGUUGGAUAAACGAAUGAAAAUCAUGAAGUUGGAGUAGUUGUGAUGAAACCGGGUAGGGGGCUGUUUUGGACGAAUUCAUGGACUGUUUUGGGCUAUAAUUUGAUUGUUGUUGUUGUGGACAUUGUAGUGUAUUGUAUGCAUGUUUAAUAUGUAAAUUAAGGUGUUCAAGAAACGAAUUAUGUUGAGGGGUAAGGGCAGUCCAAAAACCGUGGACAGUUUUAGGGAUUAGAAGUGAAAUUGUGUGUGUUGAAUGUUGGUUUUUGUUGCAAACGUGUAGUGAAUGUAAAAUGCCAUGAUUCAAGUUAAAACUGAACUGAUUGUGGGCUGUUGUAAGAGUGAAGAUGAUGCUAAAACAGUUCCAAGAUUUCAUGAAGGUAAAGUCAUGAAAAGUGUUGUGUUGUUGCAAGUUAAAAAUUGGAAAAUUGCUAAGUAAGAAUGGAAAUGAUGUGUGUGUUGGGUUGCCCUGUGUAUGAGACUGUUUUGGGUGGUGUAGGGACUGCCCAAGUUCCCUAAGUCAUGCUUAAACAAGUUUUGAUCAAUAUAUGAAAGAACGACUAGCCAUGUUAGCUUGUAACGCUAGUUGGGUUAAAUGCGAACGAAACGUCGUUUAAUUGUUAGAAAGGAGUUGUGAAUGUCACAAUACGUGUUGAAUGCCCUUGUAGACUAAUUGUAGUUCUUCACAUCUUGAUAUAGGAUAAGUGUUUUUGGGCAGCAAGUACAAGUUAGAAUACAACUAAACGCAAAAGGUACAGACGCUCGUUUCGGAGAUCCGCCAGCUUAGGACACUAUUUCGGCUAUUUUGGACUGCUCCUUUGUUCCGGAGCUAGCUUGUGGUAUAACUCCCUUAUGUUGUAUUCGUAGGUGUUUAUUUGGGUAUGGCGGGGCCCUGUCCCGCCACAUAAUACGGUCAUUACUCUUAGAGGUCUGUGGACAUCGGUGUGGGUCUGUUUGUAGUUGUUGAUGCGUUUUAUGUCUAUGACUUAUGUUUGGGGCGUACCCAUUCGUAAUGGCAGCCUUGUCGGCUCGCACAUGUAUAUGUUGUUCUGUUGGCCCUGUGUGGCCUUUGUUGGAAUUUGCUGUGUACAGGGUUAUUUUGGAUAGUCCGAAAAACAAAGGAAACUCUGCCGAAAUUUUCUUUGAAAAUCUUAUAAAUUUGAAACACCGCCUUGUCGGCUUCUGUUAUAUACCUGGAUGUGUUUGAUAUAAUCUAAGGCAGCGUUUGAUAUUUGUGUCAGUAUAAGUCAUCUGUUUGCCGCCCGGAUUUGUGAUUGUGUUCGGGUGCCCAAUUCGGGCACUUGUCACGGCCCACGGGGUUGGGUCGUGACAGAAGUGGUAUCAGAGCGGUCAAAUCCUCGGAGUGUCCACAGACUGUGUCUAGUAGAAUCUUGUUUAUCGAUGUGUUGUGCACCACGUUUAUAAACAGGAAGCUACAGGACAUUUAGGGUGUUUCCUUUCUUGAAAUCUUAGAUCGUGCGAUAGAGCUGUGCUAUUAGGAUGACUCUGUUCUGAUCAGUUGUUGUGUUUUUCUUUCAGUGAUGCCUCCGAAAAAGGCAACGGCUGCCCAGAAGAAAAAGGCGGUGGUAGGAGAGACUAGCCGGGCUCGAAAGGGUACUCGGACCCUUGCUCAGAUAAUGCGUGAUAUUGCGCCCCGGCCAACAGACUCUGCUACGUCAUCAUCAUCAGAGGAGUCUGGAGCACCAGCCGCUGCCAUUAGGGAUCAAGGGACGGCUUCACCAUUGACUCCAGAAGCUCCAGCGCCCGAGCCUCCAGCUCCUCAGCCAGGGGCGGAGGAUAGGACAUUGAGGGAGGCUGUACAGUUAUUGACUACUUUGGUAGCGGGACAGGUUCGCAGACGCGGGCAGAGAGAUUAUGAUGAUGAUGACAGGCGUGAUAGCCUGAGGGUUCGUGAUUUUCUGACAUGCCGUCCCCCAGAGUUUUUCGGGUCUAAGCCCGAGGAGGACCCCCACGACUUCAUUCGGGGAGUGCGGCGCUCAUUGGAUUUGGUCAGGGCUUCAGAGACCGAGUCCGUUGAGUUAGCCUCGCACAGAUUACGAGAUGUUGCUGCCAAUUGGUAUGAGUCUUGGGAGCUGUCCAGAGGUGAGAGGGCUUCCCCAGCUACUUGGGAUGAGUUUGUGACUGCUUUUCUCCGCCACUUUCUGCCCCCGGAGUUACGGCGGGCACGGGUUGAUAAAUUUUUACAGUUGCGGCAGAACGGCCGGAGUGUUCGCGAGUAUAACCUGGAGUUUGAUUCUUUGGCUCGAUAUGCCCCUGCUAUAGUAGCGGAUAUGGCUGACCGUAUGCACCGGUAUGUGAUAGGAUUGGACCGCUACUUGAUUGACGGUUGCAUGGCGAUGGCGUCACAGACAGAUAUGGAUAUCGCCCGGUUACAGGCCCAUGCCCAGGGUAUGGAGGACCGAUACAGGGCCGAUUAUGCUGGUAGGGAUCAGUCGGGCAGAGAUCGUGAUAGGAGACCGCCCAAGCGGGCCAGGUCAGCUGGGUAUUUUGGUGAGUUUCGGGGCGGGCAACCCCAACAGCAGCAUAAUAGCUACCCUUCUCAGCCGGCACAGAGUGAACCUCCACGAUUCACUGGUAGGAGGUUUGAUAGCACAGGGUAUUCGGAAGCUGGUCAAAGCUCCAUGACUUCAGGUUUCCAGAUGCACAGGGAUUCAGGCCAGGCGAGGCCAUCUAUACCACAGUGCCCUCGAUGUGGCAGGCGCCAUCUGGGGGAAUGCCGCCGCAUUACUGGUGCUUGUUUCUCUUGCGGACGUCAAGGCCAUACUAUGAGGGAGUGUCGAUUUGGGGGUGGUGCAGGUGGUGCAGCUCAGCCUACGGGAUCAGUUGCUGGUUCUUCUUCUUCAGUUGCCAUGCGUCCUAUGGGACAAGGUAUUCCGAUACCAGCAGGCCGUGGCAGAGGCCGUGGAGGGGCUUCCAGUUCUGGCGGUCCUUCAAACCGCUUAUAUGCUUUAGCUAGCAGACAGGAUCAGGAAGCGUCGCCAAAUGUGGUCACAGGUACAGACGCUCGUUUCGGAGAUCCGCCAGCUUAGGACACUAUUUCGGCUAUUUUGGACUGCUCCUUUGUUCCGGAGCUAGCUUGUGGUAUAACUCCCUUAUGUUGUAUUCGUAGGUGUUUAUUUGGGUAUGGCGGGGCCCUGUCCCGCCACAUAAUACGGUCAUUACUCUUAGAGGUCUGUGGACAUCGGUGUGGGUCUGUUUGUAGUUGUUGAUGCGUUUUAUGUCUAUGACUUAUGUUUGGGGCGUACCCAUUCGUAAUGGCAGCCUUGUCGGCUCGCACAUGUAUAUGUUGUUCUGUUGGCCCUGUGUGGCCUUUGUUGGAAUUUGCUGUGUACAGGGUUAUUUUGGAUAGUCCGAAAAACAAAGGAAACUCUGCCGAAAUUUUCUUUGAAAAUCUUAUAAAUUUGAAACA